AUGAAAUCUCCGAAAUCAGCGAAGAGUUUACGGUCAAUUAGAUCGGCUCGUUCUGGAAAAUCUGAAAACUUUUUCCAGGACGAUGUUGAUGAUUAUUACAAGGCGUUGAAACAAGCGGAUAUUAAAAAUAAACCUAAACGAAUUAGUUUAAUGCCAGAACAAAAGUUACCUGAAUCAACUGAUGACAUUCCUGCACAUUCAAAUCAUACAGCAUCGUUAACCGCUUCGUCUUCGUCCUACAUAAAUAAAAUUACUACGACAUUUGUAUAUGACAACUAUAAUACUUUAACAGAAAUAAAAAUAACUAAAGUGUCACAGUUACCUCAAAUUCUGCUAAAGAUAAUAGGCUUAUUAAUACCAUUUUACAAGAAUUUAGUGCGGCUAAGUAUCACCAACAGCAGGAUUGAUAUGUACGUUGUACACGAAUUGGGCAAAAUACUAAACGUGUCAACAAUUACAGAAAUAUGUCUAGAUGGAUCACCUUUAGCAAGUGACGAUUAUAGUAUGCUGUUGGGAAGCCGUCUUAGAAAUCUAUCAUUAUGUAGAUGUAAGGUGAAUGAUGUUGCUUGCGAAAUAAUCGCUUCAAAGCUACACCACGCGGCUGAUGCUGAUAAUUUAUUGCUUUUAAAUCUAUCCUCAAACCACAUAACAGAUGAGGGAGCGAAAUAUUUCGGAGGUGCGUUGAGAACUAAUAGACAUUUGCGGUAUUUAAAUUUGGCCGAUAACCACAUCACCGACGAUGGUGCCUGUUACUUAUUAGACGUGUUAAUUGAAUUUCCUCUAACACAUGACGAAAUAUUAAAUAUGCGUCGAAGGCGUUUAGAUUAUUUAAAAUAUAGAAAUACUUUGUAUACAAAAUACUUAGAGGAACAUUGUAGGGCAUCACAUGAUCAAAUCAGUCAAAAAUUCUCGAUGAAAAGAAAAAAAACAUCAACGACAACAUUAAAAAGUAAAUUUAGUACCCGAAAAGAAAAAGAAAGGCCAAGCAGCGCGAGCACAACCGAAGACUUUAUUAAAACAAAGGCUGAAAUGAUGAUUGCCGAAAUUUUAGGUCCCUUUCAAGAUCCGUUUCACUCACAUUAUACAAAAAAUGUUAAAGGUUACAUUCACAGUUUUGGCAAUAUGACGCUUGCUUCAUUAAAUUUGGCAUAUAAUAAUUUAUCAUAUAUAACAAUCAAAAAAUUAUAUCAAGUAAUAGUUUAUCAAAAUUCAGUGAGAAGUUCGGUACUGAGUGGUCUCGUUAAAGUUGUUGUUGAUGGUAACAAUAUGCCAAUAAGUUGCACAGAAAUUACAGAUAUUGAAGAUAUAAUGACGAAAAAUGUGUCGGGACAAACUGGUAAAAAUUUAGAGGCAAUUCGUCGGAAAAGUCGGGCUAUAAAAAUAGACGAAGAGUAA